UUUAACACACACACAGUAGCAGCCUAAAGUUAGUAACACUAGCUACGUUUUAUACAGUGAGUGGGAACUCAUCCAACCCAGCAUAACAAGAGGAGAGGCUGAAUCAAUGAGCUCCUGUGUGAAGAAAACUUGAGCUGUCCUCCAUCUACCCUCUUCCCCUCCUCUCUCCCGGCCCCUGGGCCAGGGAAUGUGCCAGCUGGGAGAUGCCUUACGUGGAUCGGCAGAACCGGAUCUGUGGCUUCCUGGACAUUGAGGAAAACGAGAGCAGUGGGAAGUUCCUGCGUCGCUACUUCAUCCUGGACACCCAACCGGGCAGCCUGGUGUGGUACAUGGACAACCCUCAGAACCUGCCCAUCAGUGCGGACUGUGUUGGCUCACUCAAACUCACCUACAUCUCCAAGGUCAGCGACGCCACUAAGCAGAGACCCAAGGCAGAGUAUUGCUUCGUCAUCAACGCUGGCAUGAGGAAAUUCUUCCUCCAGGCCAAUGAUCAGCAGGACCUGGUGGACUGGGUGAACGCUCUCAAUAAGGCCACCAAAAUCACUGUGCCAAAGUCCUAUGAUGGCCAACAUAAUGUGGAGACCCAGAAAGCCCUUCUGGACAACCUGGUACCCAAGAAGCAGGUCUCCUACAGGACUGACAUCAUCGGGGGAGUUCCCAUCAUAACUCAGAUGCAGCAGGAAAGGGGAGAGGGCCAGGAGGGUUCCGAGCGAGAGUUGCUGCAGAGAUCCCACAACCAGCUGCCAUACUUCCUGGGCAGGCCGACCCAAGACAAGACGGUCAUCAAGUCUGGCUAUUGUGUGAAGCAGGGAGCUGUGAUGAGGAAUUGGAAAAGGAGAUAUUUCUUACUGGAGGAGAACUCAAUGAGUUACUUCAAAUCAGACCUGGAGAAGGACCCUCUGAGAAUUAUUCCAUUGAAGGAGGUCCACAAAGUUCAGGAGUGCAAACAGAGUGACAUCAUGAUGAGGGAUAAUCUCUUUGAGGUUGUCACCACUUCUAGGACCUUUUACAUUCAGGCUGACAGUCCAGAGGAGAUGCACAGCUGGAUCAAGGCUGUCUCUGGGGCCAUCGUAGCCCUGCGGGGACCUGGGAGAUCUGCAGCCACAAUGCGGCAAGCCAGACGGCUGUCGAACCCCUGUAUACAGAGGUAUACGGCCCGAAUCGGGGAGUGCAGCACUCUCCUGCAGCUGUAUACCUGUCUUAGACGUCUCACAUCCUGCCUGUCACUAGUUCUACUUCCUGUCCGCUGCCUGUAUUUCUGUUUACUCUCUCACACCGUCGACUUGCAUAACCCCAGUUAACUUCAAACUUUAUUUAUAAAAUGAGAAUUAACUUUAUCUUUGGGAGCUAAACCACAAUCAUGUUCACAUAAAUAACUGUUUUAGCUGUUUAUGUUUGUGUUGUGUAUGUUGUGUAUGAUGACAUCCACUGUAUAUGUACACUUGGAAGCUCAUGAACUAACCGACCUAGCAUACCUGAAGAAUCACGUAGCCCUUUGUUUGCUCUCACACAGGCCGUUAUGGUGUAGGUGUUUCUGUUGAAUGGUCUGCUUCAAGUCAUGUAAUUAAACUGCUCUUUCAGUACCAGUCAAAAGUUUGGACACACCUAUUCAUUCCAGGGUUUUUCUUUAUUUUUACUAUUUUCUACAUUGUAGAAUAAUAGUGAAGACAUCAAAAGUAUAAAAUAACACACAUGGAAUCAUGUAGUAACCAACAAAGUGUUAAACAAAUCCAAAUAUAUUUUCUUUUUGAGAUUCUUCAAAGUAGCAACCCUAGAAUUUCUUUCCUCCUUAAUGCAUUUGAGCCAAUCAGUUUUGUUGUGAGAAGGUUGGGGUGGUAUACAGAAGACAACCCUAUUUUGUAAAAGACCAAGUCCAUAUUAUGGAACAAACAGCUCAAAUAAGCAAAGAGAAACAACAGUCCGUUACUUUUAGACAUGAAGUUUAGUCAAUCUGGAAAAUGUCAAGAACUUUGAAGUUUCUUCAAGUGCAGUCGCAAAAAUCAUCAAGCACUAUGAUGAAACGCUCUCAUGAGGACCACCACAGGAAAGGAAGACCCAGAGUUACCUCUGCUGCAGGUAGGUACCUCUAAAUGCUUCACAGAGUUCAAGUAACAGACACAUCUCAACAUCAACUGUUCAGAGGAGACUGUGUGAAUCAGUCCUUCAUGGUCUAAUUGUUGCAAAGAAACCACUACUAAAGGACACCAAUAAGAAGAGACUUGCUUGGGCCUAGAAACAUGAGCAAUGGACGUUAGACCGGUGGAAAUCUGUCCUUUGGUUUGACAUGUCCAAAUUUGAGAUUUUUGGUUCCGACCUCUAUGUCUUUGUGAGACGCAGAGUAGGUGAUGAUCUCCGCAUGUGUGGUUCCCACCAUGAAGCAUGGAGGAGGUGGUGUGGGGGUGUUUUGCUGGUGACACUGUCAGUGAUUUAUUUAGAAUUCAAGGCACGCUUAACCAGCAUGGUAACCACAGCAUUCUGCAGCAAUACGCCAUCCCAUCUGGUUUGGGCAUAGUGGGACUAUCAUUUGUUUUUCAAUAGGACAAGGACCCAACACACCUCCAGGCUGUGUAAGGGCUAUUUGACCAAGAAGGAGAGUGCUGCGUCAGAUGACCUGGCCUCCACAAUCACCUAACCUCAACCCAAUUGAGAUGGUUUAGGAUGAGUUGGACCGCAGAUUGAAGGAAAAGCAGCCAACAAGUGCUCAGCAUAUGUGGGAACUCCUUCAAGACUGUUGGAGAAGCAUUCCAGGUGAAGCUGUUUGAGAGAAUUCCAAGAGUGUGCAAAGCUGCCAUCAAGGCAAAGGGUGGCUAUUUGAAGAAUAUGAAAUAUAAAAUAUAUUUAAUUGUUUAACACGUUCUUUGGUUACUACAUGAUUCCAUAUGUUAUUUCGUAGAUUUGAUGUCUUCACUAUUAUUCUACAAUGUAGAAAAUAGUAAAGGAAAACCCUGGAAUGAGUAGGUGUGUCCAAACUUUCGGUUGGUACUGCACAUUUUUACAUGUUCUCUUUCUGGCUGCAUGUUUGAAUUAAUGGUACAGAAUUAUGAUGACUUUGAUGUUUUACAUAUCAUUUUGAACUGAUUGGGGGGGAUUUGAAAUGCCAGGAUUGGCAAUCGGGCGUUCUUUUAAUACCAUGAGGUUGUACAUUUCCCAGGACAUUGACAUACCUGAUAUUGGCAGAAAGCUUAAAUUCUUGUUAAUCUAACUGCACUGUCCAAUUUACAGUAGCUAUUACAGUGAAAUAAUACCAUGCCAUUGUUUGAGGAGAGUGCACAAUUUUGAACAUAAAGUUAAUAAUAAAGAAAUUAAGCACAUGGGCAGUCUUGAUACAAUUUUUUAAACAGAAAUUAAAUGGUUCAUUGGAUCAGUCUAGAACAUGAUCUUUUACCAGAUCUAUUGUGUUAUUCUCCUACAUUCCUUUCACAUUUCCACAAACUUCAGUGUUUCCUUUCAAAUGGUACCAAGAAUUUGCAUAUCCUUGCUUCAGGGCCUGACCUACAGGCAGUUAGAUUUGGGUAUGUCAUUUUAGGCGAAAAUGUAAAAUAUAUAUUUUUUUAAAGGGGCAGAUCCGUAACAACACCACCAACUGGCCACUGACAUGGUCUUUCUUUAUUCCUCACCCCCUCUUGUUUUUACAGAGAGUGAAAUGACAGUGAAAUACUAACUUUUAAAAAACAAGCACUACUGCUACUACUACUGCUUGCACUACCACCGUCACAGCUUUACCAGCACUUCUACUGUCUGCUACUAGUACCACCGCUGCUGCAUCAGCCGCUACACCACAAGUCUGCCACUGACUAUUCACAACUGUUUUCCAAAUUAGAUUUUCGUCACCACCCUUGGUGCCUGUCUGACUGUGAUUCUGUGGGACACACCCCUCUGUCCUCUCUCAGCAGGAGCACUGUGGCUGUUCCUCCUCUUCCACAUUCUACAGCAGCCACCCGGGGCCCCCCGUCCCUCGCUCGCCCAUAUCUGCAGUGCCACCCUACCCAGAGUGCCCUGCUGUCGCGGGCGGCGCACGCCCGGAGCCUGGCGUGGGACAGCGAGCAUUUCAUGAGCCUCCUGCCACGACCCAGCCACGCCCGACUGUCACUGCAGGAGACACGCCUGUCCAAGUGACUGCUGCCACCACACUUGAGUCGCCAUGGAGACGGUGCAGCACCUUUGAGGGCUACCCACCAGAACCCCCUCCUUGACUUGGACCCUACCGACCUGCCAGUCAGUGAAGUCUGACCCCUACCAACAAACUAGGAGAUGAUGUGUGACAACAGUGAUAAUGGAGGAAAUGAGGAGUGCUUUUGAAUAACCGAGAGAAGCAGAACCAGGGGGUUGCUGGUCUCCUCCACCAAACUGACCAGAAGUCAUCUGGAUAGAAAUGGCAGAAAGCAGGAACUGGACUCCAUGCCAAAGUGAAUGACUGUAUAAUAUGUCUGACCUCCAUCCAUCUCUUUACCUAACCCAACUAGUCAACCCUGGUCAGAUAUUAGAGUUGAAAGUCACUCAGGGACAGAGGGGUUGCAUUCUCUCCCGGUGUUUCAUUGUUAGUCAUCUGCUCAGUUCAAGUUGAGGCCUGUGUACACAUGCAUAAAGUCAUGCAAUCAGGUGUGUGGGGAGGGUGGGAUUCACACUGAGCUCUAUGCCAAAGAUACGCCAUUUGCCAUUUUCUCCCACCUCAGAUCAAACGUUAAUGUUCGCCUACACAUUUAGAUUUAAAAUGCAAUGAAGAGUUUUACCUGCAACUCCUGACUACACACAAAGAUUAAUUCAACAAUUUGUGUGCUAGUGAGUGUAUAUUUUAAGGGAGCAAGCUAUAUUGUCUGAGGGAAUAGUUGUCAAGCUACAGACAUAAUCAUGCCUGGUCAUUUCAUACAUUCACUGUUGUUCUUAUUGAACGUUGUCUUUAUUGUUUUACUUUACUGUAUGGUGUAUGACCCAAAUUAUUCUCAGACAUUUUCAUCAUUUGAUUUUACAAUCCCACUCAAGAUCCACACCAUAGUAUUACAGUUAGAACGUUUUUGGCACACACUGUGGACUGGUACGAGAGGACUGUGCAGCUCCAAAGCAAGCCAUGUGGGUCAUUCCACCAAUUUGGUGCCUUUUUGAGAAGUAUAAAGUGGUAAAAAAAUAAUAAAAAAAUCACCUUAAUUAGGAUUCUGUCAUAAAGAGCACAUUUUCAACUUUAGCAAGUCUUUAUUCAGAUACAAAAAAAUCAAAUUUAUUGAAUUCUUUGUGUUGUCUAUAUUAAAGGCUACUUCAUUUAAUAUAACAGACUUAAAUGUGUUGUUGGUGCACAAUUUUUACUUAACAUAUCAAAGGGAAGCAAAAGGCACUCAUUUCGUGCAACGAUCCACGGAUGUUUGCCUAAUCCUGCAGGGUACUGUUUUGGGGUUAUCUUCGGACUUGUACCAAUAGGAGCUUAGUGGGGGAGUGAGUUGAGCGACAGAGUGAGGUGGCUUCAGUACGGGACCAAAGUCAACAGUAGUCACUACUAGGGAAGGGAUGGCCAGAGUGUCUUGCAGAGAUGAUGUUUAAAUAAAUACUGGUCACCAAACCUGCCUGACCUCAGACCUGUAUACUGUACAGUGGCUUCAACCAUUUUAAUGACUGCUGUCCUAUUUGUUGAGUUAUGACAAUGACAGCUGCUGUUUUGUGCGUGUGAUAACAUUGGUUUUCUUCAACAGUUUGUAUGGGAUGGUUUUAUUUUAUGUUGUAAAAUGAUGUGGUAAGAUGUAUAUUUCCGUUUGAACUUCCCUGUGCCUGUAUUGCCAGGUAGUGGAGGUUAACCCAACAAUACUACUCAAAGGUCUUAUUUCAAUAGCUCUCAGUAGUGGUUUUGCAAAACCAUAUAGCUGCUAAAGUGCCAUAAAUUCUAUAAAAAUAAAAUGUUGUUCUAA